UAAAUGGUCUUCAAUCAGUUACACAAUAUAAUUUCUUACCAACCGAUAUAGAUAGGGACAUGAAUGUAAAUUAGGCUUCUCCAGAAACACGGAGAUGAUAACACACGAUAUAUGAUUCCGACCGCUAAAAAGACAUAUAGCACUAAACAGUUAUAUAACAAAACCAUAUGGACAGAUUUUUCACAUUUUGAUGCUCUCUACCGAUCGAUGGUCCCACCAAAUAUGCUGGAAGAUGUUCCAUCAUCAGUGAUGCUUCUUGCUGGCCGGGUUGCUCUAGCAUAGCUCAACCUCUAACCGCCACUAGUUUUUUAUACUCUUCUCUAUAGCCAUUUAAGCUCUCUCCCUGCAGCUUCUCACAAUCCAAAACCCCAAAACCUUCUCAUUUUUUUUGUAGACCAAGCCAAGCUACAGCCAAAGCCAAGCAUGGUGCAACAACAGCAGCAGCAGCAGCACAGAAUCUACAUCCUACAGUUCAGGAAGGGCGAGCAGGAUCAGGAGGUCGCAUGCAAGGUCUCGACGCCGCCCAAGGCCGGCACCGGCCGCCGUGUCAUGUACUACUACCACGACUACGGCGGCGGCGGCGCCGGCAAGAACGGCAAGGCGGCGCAGCCUAGGGCGUUCAGCAUGCGCCGCUUCUUUGGGCUGCUGCUGCUGUCGUUCGUCUCGGUUGGGACGCUGUUCGUGGCGCCCGUGUCGUUCUUCUCCUUCGUGCACUCCGACGAGGGUGGCGGUGGCGCGGCCGCGGCGGCGCGGCGUGCGGUGGAGGUCGCCGCGGCGCCGUGCUCUGGCAUGGGGAAUGAUAGCCUUUGCUGUGACCGGACGUCGACGCGGGCGGACAUCUGCUUCGCGCGCGGCGACGUGCGGAUGCACUCGGCGAGCGCGUCGUUCCAGCUCGUGUCGUCGUCGUCCGGGAACGCGACGGCGGCGGCGGUGGAGGAGGAGAGGAUACGGCCGUACACGCGCAAGUGGGAGGCGAACGUCAUGGCGACGAUCGACGAGGUGCGGCUCCGUCGCGUGCCCGCCGGCGGCGCGGCGCGGUGCGACGUCGUGCACGACGUGCCCGCCGUGGUGUUCUCCACGGGCGGGUACACGGGCAACGUGUACCACGAGUUCAACGACGGGAUCCUGCCGCUGUUCGUGACGUCGAACCACCUCCGCCGCCGCGUGGUGUUCGUCAUCCUCGAGUACCACGACUGGUGGAUGACCAAGUACGGCGACGUCGUGUCCCGCCUCUCGGCGUUCCCGCCGAUCGACUUCACCGCCGACCGCCGCGUGCACUGCUUCCCGGAGGUGAUCGCCGGCCUGCGCAUCCACGGCGAGCUCACCGUCGAUCCCGAGAAGACGCCGGAGGGCAAGAGCAUCCGCCACUUCCGGACGCUCCUCGACGACGCCUACCGCGGCCGCAUCCAGUACCUCGAGCGGCUCGAGCGCCGCGCCGCUCGCAGCCGCAAGCGCCGCGCCGCCGCGGCCAAGCCCACCACCACCUCCAUCGCCCUGCCGAUCAUGGCGCCUCCGGCGAAGCAGGCCUCGCCGUCGCCGCCGGACAGGCCUCGUCUGGUGAUCGUGUCGCGCACGGGGUCCCGCGUGAUCGAGAACGAGGCGGACGUCGCCGCGCUCGCCGCGGACGUCGGCUUCGACGUGCGCGUGGUCCGCCCCGAGCGCACCACCGAGCUGUGCAAGAUAUACCGGGAGCUCAACGCCAGCGACGCCAUGGUGGGCGUGCACGGCGCCGCCAUGACCCACUUCCUCUUCAUGCGCCCGGGCAAGGUGUUCGUCCAGGUCGUGCCGCUCGGCACCGACUGGGCCGCCGGCGCCUACUACGGCGAGCCGGCGGCGCGCCUCGGCCUCCGCUACGUCGGCUACAAGAUCCUCCCCGAGGAGAGCUCCCUCUCCCGCGAGUACCCCACCGGCGACCCCGUGCUCACCGACCCCGCCGGCGUCGGCAAGCGCGGCUGGGACGUCACCAAGAAGGUCUACCUCGAUCGCCAGAACGUCCGCCUCGACCUGCCACGCUUCAGGGAGGUGCUCGUCGGAGCUCACCGGCACUUGGUCGCCGGCAAGCGGCGGCGCCGGCAAAGAGAGAGCCAGUGAUCGAGCAAUCAAUCGAUUGAUCGUUUGCUUGAUUUGACCCGGUUUGGUUAACCAAAUUAACUACUCCCAUAUGCUGCUCUAGCUCUCUCUCUCUCUCUCUCUACACAAUUUUUUUUUGCUUUUUUUUUCUUUUCUUGUUGUUACUCAAACACUGACUUGACCUGACAAUUCUUUGCAUUAGAUUGUGAAUUGAUGUACUUUGUGGUUUUACACGUUUCAGUUCUAUGAACUUGAUGUGAAUAUAUACUCAAUAAAGAUAUCAAAUUACACUGCAUCUGUACU